AAACUGCACCAAUCCGGAGAGCGAUAGUCUGCGGUCAGCAUAUAAAGCCUCAUGCGUAAGAUAGCAGAACGCUAGCUUAGAGAUAUCCACACGCUUAGAAUACCCUCGCACACGUGCGACGGCAGCAAAUGUGCCACUGCCAACACUCAACAACUCCAAAAACCCAGACAAACAAAAGCCCCACUUGUAGCAGCUGAGGAAAAGCAGAGGUUAACGUCUUUAUAGGCAUCUUUUCCCCUCCGUCGCUUUUCCGCCUCCGCCACCUACCAGUCUCCUUCUCACAACACCACCGCAACCAGCUCCACUUCACCCAACGCUCUCUCUAUCUCUCUUCAUACAAGGUGUAUUGGGUGUUAUUUAAGAAGAGCUCUUAUUCGAGGGUUUUUCUGAUUCUUGAUUAACAGAGAGUGAGCGUUUGCUCGUUGAUUAGUACUGUGUUCUUCUGGGUUUGUCAUUUGAAAAGAAUAUCUACAUUUAUUUGUCGACUUCUCUGAGCUGGUUAGUGAAAUGGCGGCUUGUGCAUCGAGUUUCGGAUUAUCAAACGGUCUGAAUUUUCAAAACGAGGUCUUUAUGAGGAGUUGGAAGUCGAUCCUCCACAAUGACGUUGGAUUCAAAACAUUGGUAACUUUCCAUGUGCGGGUUAGGCAUGUCUAUGUUAAGAAACAGAGGUUUCUGGUCUGGAACUCGCAGAAAUUGCCUGAAACGCAGUCGGAUAUCGGUAACACCAGUGUAGUUAAAAACGAAGGCGUGGAAAGUGUAGUAGGGAAUGAUGUUAAGAUUUUGGAGAAGGGAAAUGAGUUAGAAACUGAUGCUGGUGGCGAUGGAGGGGAUAGUUUUGAUGGUAGUGGAGGAAAUGGGAAAUAUCCCAGUGGUGGAAGUGGAGGUGGCAGUGGUAGUGGUAGUGGUGGCAAUAGUGAAGGAGAAGAGAAAGGUGAAGAAGAAGAGUUUGGACCCAUUAUGAAGUUUGAUGAGGUUAUUAAAGAGGUGGAGGCUAGAGGAGCAAGUCUCCCAUCUGAUAUGUUAGAGGCCGCCAAGAGUGUGGGGAUUCGCAAAUUGCUUCUACUAAGAUAUUUGGAUUUGCAGGGGUCUGGGGGGGUUUUGGGUUUUGCAAUGAAGUCAUGCUCAAUGCUCCGAAACAGAAUGUUGGCUGAUCCAUCUUUCCUCUUCAAAAUUGGAACAGAGAUAGUUAUUGAUUCUUGCUGUGCCACAUUUGCCGAAAUUCAAAAGAGGGGUAAAGACUUUUGGGCAGAGUUUGAACUGUAUGUUGCAGACCUUUUGGUUGGUGUGGUGGUAAACGUUGCUUUGGUUGGCAUGUUAGCACCUUAUGUACGUAUUGGACAACCAUCUGCAUCUAAAGGGUUCUUUGGACGGCUAUUACAUGCUUAUGGAUCUCUUCCUAGUAGUGUCUUUGAGGCCGAAAGGCCUGGAUGUAGAUACUCUGUACAACAGAGAAUUGCAACAUACUUUUACAAGGGAGUCCUAUAUGGAUCUGUUGGCUUUGCAUGUGGUAUCAUUGGCCAAGGAAUAGCAAAUCUCAUAAUGACUGCCAAGCGGAGCAUAAAGAAAUCAGAAGAUGACAUACCUGUACCGCCUCUUGUGAAAAGUGCAGCUCUUUGGGGUGUUUUUCUUGCAGUUUCUUCCAACACAAGGUACCAAAUCAUUAAUGGGAUGGAACGUGUAGUAGAAGCAUCACCCUUAGCAAAGCAGGUUCCGCUUGUUGCAAUGGCUUUCACAGUCGGUGUGCGAUUCGCCAACAACGUUUACGGUGGAAUGCAGUUUGUGGAUUGGGCUAGAUGGAGUGGGGUUCAAUAACGGAUCGGUGCGUCUCUUAUGCUCAUGUUUGCUUCAAGCAGUCAUGUUGGAUGUUGUUAAAAUUGCAGUAGCAUCAAAUGAGAGACAUCUAUUUGAUGCUUGGGAAUGUUUGUAUUGAUUGAAUUUCUAUUUUAGCAGUAGAAUGUGUUGGCAAGACUUUGCAACUCAAAUCAAGGGCCACAAUAGGCCAAGUAGAUUGAUGAUA